UUUGCUUUGUUUACUUUUUUAAGACCUUAAUUUUUAACUAUGAAAGCAGUGAUUCAAAGGGUAACUUGUGCCAAAGUUACUGUAGAUGAACAAUUAAUAUCAGAGAUUGGAAGAGGUUUAUGUGUUCUUGUAGGAAUUUGUAAUACUGACACAGCAAAAGAUGUUGAGUAUAUAUGCCGAAAGAUUCUUAAUACAAGACUUUUUGAGCAAGAAGGGAAAAGAUGGAUGCGGAGUGUCAAAGAGGAAAAACUUGAAAUUCUUUGCAUUUCUCAGUUUACACUUUAUCAUAGAUUGAAAGGAAAUAAACCAGAUUUUCAUACAGCUAUGGCAGGGGAACCAGCAAAGAAUAUGUACGAUUCAGUGUUAUCAAAGCUUGGAAAAGAUUACGACUCUUCAAAAAUCAAGGAUGGAGUAUUUGGUGCAAUGAUGGAAGUUCAUAUUCAAAAUUCAGGUCCUACACAAAAGUUUAACAAAAGAUUCUUUUUUACUGUGGCUUGUAAGAUGAGCGUUAUUCAAAAGCAAAUUAAUGUGUCGGAUGAAAUUGAUAGUGUUUGUGAGGAUUUUGAUCUAAAAUUAAAGCAUACAAUAACACCUGAAGAUGUAUUAAAGCUGACAAAAAUAACUGAUGGAUUUUUAUGUUCCAAUUCGAACGAAUAUCAAAUCGAAUUCACUCGCUUUAAAAUAAGAGAUCUUGAGACAGAUACAGUGUUGUUUGAUAUCAGCAAAGAUCCAAAUCUUCCAGAUGGAACAGAAAGUACUGAUGAGAAACAAGAGUCGGACGAUUCAGGUAGAUUUGUUCGUUAUCUCUUCAGUCCAUCGUUUCUCAAACUGAAACACAUUGGAGCUACUGUUGAAUUUCAAGUCGGCAAUAAAGACGUGAAAAACUUUCGUAUGAUUGAACGACAUUUCUACAAAGAUCGACUGCUGAAAACAUUUGAUUUCAACUUUGGUUAUUGCAUUCCAAACUCAAAGAACACUUGCGAGCAUAUCUAUGAAUUUCCAACGCUACCAGCUGAUCUCAUCAACGAAAUGGUUGCCCAUCCAUUUGAAACGCGGUCUGACUCGUUUUAUUUUGUUGAUAACAAACUCGUCUUGCACAAUAAAGCUGAUUAUUCGUAUGACGGUUAAACUGCUCAUACAUGAAUGUUCCUUUCAGCUCUGCUGACCUCUUGUCACAAUUCACCUUACAUUUCAACUUUUUUCUUUCUUUCCUGUCUCAUUCACAAAAUUAUGUGACAAAGCCUUAAGUGUCGUUAAGUGUAAUCGUUUUUCAUAUAUGGAAAUUUUCUGAGUCAAAACUUUUUUCAUGCAAGAUUGGCUAUCACAAUGUUGUUUACUUUAACGUUUUUUGGCACUUUUCUCACACACCAAAGAAUUUUUUUUAUUUAAGUAAUGAAUGAUUAAAGUUAUUGUUAGGAUUACAGACCAAUUUAUUUUUAAAAAACAAUUUCAGAAAACAUAAAGUAACGAGAAAAAGUAGCUUAAAGCUGAGAUACUCAAAACAUGAAUAGGAUUAUUGAUAACAAAAACUUACAGGCUUUUAAAAGAAUUAAAAAAAUGAUGCAAUAAAUAAUAAAAAUAGAUCAAACUGCUGUUAAUUAAAAUAAAUAAAUCAUGUGUUCAAGUCCUAUUCGGAGUAACAUAAAAAUGAAUUAACGAAUCAUAUUGCAAAAGAGUUUUUGAAGAUGAAUAAAAGCAUGUUACCUAAUCGAUUUCAUAAAUUUAACAAAAUAUUGCAAAUUCUUAGAACUCCGCCUGAAACAUGAUGGAAAAUAAAAAAUGUUCAUAAAUUAAGUUAAACAUUCUUCAGGUGCAUUUGCAAAGAUGCCGUAGGGAGAAGGUAAAAACUUUUUUCAAUCAUCUGAUACGAUGAAAUCUAAAUUUAACUCUAUAGAAUGUUGAGUAAACAUAACUUAGUUUAUGAACAUUUCUUAGAGCAUGUCUCGUUGUUUUCAUUUAAUUACAUUAAACUGAAGCUUUU